UACGUCACAGCAAGUCGCCGGCAACGGAGCGCGGUGCUGCAGAUGCUCGCUUUCGUCGUCUAGCGUUUGUUACAAACUAUUUUAAUUCUCAUGCUGGUUCACGUAGUGGUGCUAUAUCUUCAGGAAUGGCCGGGCAAACACCGUGUCUAACCAGCCGAUGGGAUCAACCAGCCCAAUCUAAGCAGAGAGACAGUGGCAAUAUAGCCCAUUGUGAUUCGGGGGUUGUUGGCACAUGUAGUUCAAGCGGUUCACUUCCCCUGACAAAGCCAAAAGAAAGUGUAUCAGGAGGAGAAAAGCCAGAACCCCAGGGGGGAGUCGAAAUGGCUGCCGCCAUGGCUGCUAAAAUCAAUGCCAUGUUAAUGGCUAAAGGAAAACUUUUGACUCCCCCACCGUUGUUGACAAAGACCCCCGUGAGUGUGCCCGUGCCGCCCCCCACAGAAGAGCUGGUUGUCACAGAAGUUGACAUAAAUGAUGUGCCAUUAAAUUGCAGAGACCUUCUCACUAAAGGCAAAACCCAAGAGGAGAUUCGAUUGUGUAGUGGGGCAGUUGUGUCAACCAGAGGGCAUUUCAUGGCUGAUGUUGAAAGGGAAAAAGCAGGAGGACAAAGACCUUUGUAUUUGCAUGUCCAGGCAAAGACACAGGAGCAAGUCAAUAAAGCUGUUGCGAGAAUAAAAGAGAUCAUCGCUGAGGAUAUGUUGAGGGUCUCCGCUGCUUCCGGAGGACAACUAAUGCCCAUAAUUCCCCCGCUCACCUUGUAUCCUCAGCCCCCUCGGCCCAUCGCCCAAACACCAAACAGCAACUCAACGCAGAGUCAUGGGCAUCGGCCAGCAGCUCCGCAUCCGGGGAAUUUUGUUCACACAAAGAUCUUUGUGGGCCUGGAAAAGUCUCUGCCAUCAUUCAACGUAAAUGAAAAGGUCGAAGGCCCCGGGGGAACAUAUUUAGGUCACAUCCAGACAGAAACGGGGGCUCGAGUUUUCCUCAGGGGCAAAGGUUCCGGCUACAUUGAGCAGGCAUCCAAACGGGAGUCUUUUGAACCGCUUUACGUCUACAUCAGCCACCCAAACGCAGCUGGUUUGGAGGCGGCCAAGCAGCUCGCGGAGAGCCUGUUAGAAACUGUGAGAGCCGAGCACACUCGCUUGAAGUCGUCGUACACGGCCACCAGCGCAACUCAACCAUACGCAGCUCAUGGAUUUCCACCUAAUAGCAAUUACUCUAGCCAGUCUUCCUGGUAUAACUACCCAGCCAAUGGGUAUGCUGGAGGCUAUUCAGCGUACCCGGGAGCCAGUGGUUACUGGAGUAAUGCAAAUGGUCCCACAAGUCAUUCUAACAUGUCGACAACCCCUCCAUCUUCUCAGGCAAUGGUUCAGUAUCCGGUGUGUCCACGGAAUCCAAAUCCGUAUCUUGUGGAGGGUGUUGGUAGCAGUAACACAGUGGACACUGUGGGAUCUUUACGCCCUCAGACGGAUGCAGGAAGUUCAAAUCACCAUGAUGGCAUUGAGGAAGAACAGGCUUUUGUUCAGCCUGUCAGCUGCUCUCAGGAGACUCCUGCCAUUCAAGAGGCCACAUUUCCUUCCCCUGUUGUCCAAGACAAAACAAUAGAGAGGAUCCUCAUGCCCCCGCCGCCGCUGCCUCUUUCCGCUGCUCUCACCUCUGGCCCUUUGAAACGAACAAGUGACAUGUUGACCCAAGAUCCAGGCAGUCCACCCAACAGCGCCGCAUCUUCGGAUCUUGUUGAAAAUGUGUGUGAGAAGAAGCCCAAAUCGGUGAUGGAUGCAUCAGGGCUGGUGCCCUACGGCGGAGACUCUUCUGACGAGGAAGAAGAGAGGACGCGCAGCAGUAAGACUAGCAACUCAUGACCCUUCAGAGAUGCACUUGAAUCCCCCCCAAAAAGAAAAAUCCACUCUCACAAUAUGACACACUGGUUUGAGAUGUGUCGUUUCUUCACUUUCAAUUUGAAAGGGAGUCUUGUCAGAUGUUAAGCAAAGAAAUACAGUUUUAUCCGGCAUUAUUGCGAUUCACUAUUUGCAAGUCUAUUUUCAGAGGGAUCUUUUCUCUGCUAUUUGCUGAAGAGCUCAAAUUUGUACACUUUUUUUGUGCUCAGGCCGAAGCUGCCAUCUUGUGUUAUCUGUAGGCAAUGAAAAAUUAUUUUGCUGAGAGUGCUUUUGUGAAUUUCCAAAUAGCAGAGAGAUAUUGAAGCUAUCCUUCGACAACACGCAGUGCAUUUAUUUAUUUUAUUCAAUGUUAGCACACUUCGUCAAUAUAAGGUCACUGGAUGAAGUAAUGGUCAUUAAAUACAUUAAAACCGGAGUACCAGUACAGCAAAUUGCCCAAAAUGUUUAACAGUGUUUUGGGGUGGAUUUUUCUUUUUUAAACCAACAAAAAAGUACAUCGAUUGUAGGUGUUAGAAUGACCAGAGUUUUUUCCUCAACAUGACAUUUUUAGUUUUGUUGACUGCAAAUCAGCCCCAUUUAUUUGCUCUGAACUGAAAACAGAUCAAUUAGAGUUGGCAUAAUGAUGUUUUCUUCACUCAGAAAAUGGAUGUCUGUUCCCAUGGAAUACAAUAAUAAAAACACCUCAAAUGGA